GCCAAGAACCCCGCUAUGGAUCCCGCGUCUUGCUGAGCUUCCCUUCCAACCUCCAGCCACACCCACCAUGGCGAGCUUUCUGCGAGGCAAGCAGGCAGGCAUCCAGAACGACCUGUCCGGCAGCAUCCGCCCGGAGCUGUUUGCGCCCGACGACCACGCGCGAUACGGCCUCAACUCUCAGAUAAGCUGCUUUGCCUACGAUCCGGUGCAGUCGCUGCUCGCCAUCGGAACCGCCGAGAGCAAGUUUGGCGCCGGCAAGAUCUACGUCUUUGGCCAGCAGCGCGUGCAGAAGACGUUUGAGCCGCCGCGCCGCACCUCGUUCAAGAGCAUCCAGUUCAGCGCCAACCGCCUCGUCAGCCUCGACCGCAACAAUGAGCUGGGACUCUGGGACCUCGACACGGGCGAGCGCGUGGCCGCGCAGGUCAUUGGCGGCCCCGUCAGCGCCAUGGUGACGGACCCCAUGCUCGACUGGGCCUUUAUCGGCAUGCACAACGGGGACAUUGUGGCCUACGACCUCGAUCGGCACAUGCUUGCGCGGGCGUUCCGGCUGCCCAACUUUUGGAAGGCCAAGGAUCCGGUGCAGCACACUGUUACGCUCGUCACCCUGUCGAUGCAUCCCCGAGAUGCCGGCAAGCUCCUGAUCGGGUACAGUCACGGUGCCGUCAUCUAUUCCUUCAAGCAGAACCAGCCGCAGCAGUUCCUCGAGUAUGUUCUCCCGGUCGGGGCGCCGGGAGGGAACAGCAUCGGCAUGGAUACGGUGCGCCGGCCUCGGUUGACCCAUGCUCUGUGGCACCCCUCGGGCACCUUUGUCCUUACCGCGCAUGACGACGGCAGCCUCGUCUUCUGGGACCCCAAAGAAGCAAAAGUCGUCAUGGCGAGGACUCUCACCGAGAUGGGCAUCCAGCAUGCGACCCCCAGCGCACCGACUCCGGGAUACUCCGAUCCAUACGUCAAGAUAGCUUGGUGCUGCAAGCAAAACUGCGACGACACGGGCUUGUUGAUUGCCGGCGGCCAGGCACCCGAUGCGUCGCCCAAGAGCAUGACAUUUGUCGAGCUGGGAAUGACGCCGAUAUAUGCCACCUCCACCUGGCAGGGCUUGGAAAACCACUUCCGUGGGAAGCGACAUAUUCCGCUGAAUCUGCCGCCGGGAGCCCAGGCAGUUGAUUUUCUGCUCUUUCCGAGAGACUCUCCUUACUUUGGUGGCGCACAAGACCCCAUUGCCGUGCUUGUGCUACUGACUUCUGGGGAGCUGAUUACACUCAGCUUUCCUUCGGGAUACCCAAUCAGCCCUACCAACCAACUCCACCCGUCAACCUUCUUCGUACACCCCUUCGUCACCAAAUUCAACGUAUCGAGCGUCGACCGGCCUCGGUGGCUAUCCAUGGUGGAGAAGAGAGACCAAGGAGAGCCGCUGGUGAAGGGCGGAGCAGCUGGAGUGAGACCAAGGAAGAGAUUUGAAGACCGCACAAUCAUCCAGACGGCGCAUGCAGACAGCAUCAUUAGGCUCUGGGACUCUGGGCAUGCUGACCAGAUCGAGAACGAGGUCCAGCUGCAGGUCGACAUGGCACGAGCUUUGGAUCGCUUCGAAGAUGUGGAGGUGACGGCGAUGAGCAUGGCGGGCGCUACGGGCGAGUUCGCCGCUGGAACGAAGACCGGUGAGGCCGUGGUGUUCCGCUGGGGCGUAAAUCCAUUCUACGGCAAGAAUCAGCCCAAGCAGCUUGAUCCGAACCCCAUGGGGCUCUCAGAUAUCAGCUCCAGAGCAGAGCCGAACCUAAAGGAAGGGCUACAGCCGUUUGUCCUGUACGAGAUGAUGCAGGGCCCAAUCACUGCCAUCCGCGUUUCCAACGUCGGCUUCGUCGCGGUUGGCUCAGAGCUCGGUUUCCUAACGAUAAUCGACCUUCGCGGUCCGAAGAUCAUCUUCCAAGCUCCCAUGACUGAUUUCGCCAAGCCCGAGAACCGCAAGGGGUUUCUCAAGGGCCACUCUAGAUCCAGCUCAGCGCCCCUGAAAGAGUGGCCCUCGGUGAUGGAAUUUGGCGUCAUGACGCUGGACGACGAUAAAUACUCAUCAAUAUGCUGCUUUGUGGGGACCAACCUGGGCAAAGUCAUUACCAUGAAGUUGCUGCCCGGAGCAGGCGGGUCGUACACGGCUGAAGUGGCGGGCAUGGUGGCAUUCGACGGAAGAGUCGUCUCUUUGAAUCCGAUCCAAGCCGAUACCGGCAAACCUGCGCUGGCCACUGGUCAAAUAGUGGCUGGACUGCGAGAGGGGCGUCAAGUGCAUGGCGCUCUAGUUGCAGUCACCGAGAAGGAGAUAAGGAUACUCAAGCCUGCCCAUUCAAAGGGCGCCUCCAAAGAGUUUGACGAUGUACUAUGUGACUCGGCAUGCGUAGCGGAACUCGAGCUGCAGGGCUACGCCAUCGUUGCCGCCUUCCGAGAUGGAUCAGCCAGGGCAUACAGCAUCCCGGGCAUGCGAGAUCUGGGCAGUGCCAAGCUGCCGAUGGUGGACCGCACGCGCAGCACAGCGACCAUCGUGACACCGACCGGCGACAUUUUUGCCUGGGCUGGACCCGCGGAGAUGGCAGUCGUGCAUGUCUGGGGCACGGGCAAGGAGCUGCAGCAAUCCCCGGAUCGUCUGAUCAACCCCAAGAUCGACAUCCCGCCUCGUCCGACCAUCUCGAACCUGCAGUGGAUCAGUGGAACGCAGCAUGUAUCGCCGCUGGACCUCGAUCUCCUGGUCGGAGGCGCUAACAGACCGCCCAGCAAGAGGAUGAUGGAGGCCGCCGCGGCGGAGCAGCGAGCUGUCAACA